CGCUGCAUAAGAACGAGCCUCAAGAUCGCUCGUCAGUGUUGGUCAGUGUGUUAUUGUCAGUUUUGUUGUUGGGCAUGUGUUUUAUACCUUACCUAUUUGCUUACCAAGUGAAAUGUCAUAUAAAUUGCGCGCUAUCUGACUGAAUUAAAAUAAUGAAUAAAAGAAUAGUGAGAUAAAGAAGAAAUAAUCGUUCUGACAGUGUGUUUGUAAGUGUAAAAGCGAAGCGCACAUUCGCACGCGCGUCCGCGAGAGUUCUGAUGACAUUUUGGAGACUUCGAAAUUCGCACAGAUGCACACCGCAUGACAGAUCUAUGCGAUUUGCGAAUAAAGAGAAUGACGUGUUUCAUCAAUAGAAUAUUCGCAGCACGAGUACUCGUACUCGACUUCACACAUUUUUUCACAAUCGACUCCGAUCACAAUUUAUGAAGUAAUAAUCUUAAGAUUAACGUGACAAUACUCACUCGAUUCUCUCGUAUAUGACAGGACAACACCAAGAGAAUUCUUGAGCGCGUAACCCGUGGUAGAAAAUUAACAUCAAAAUGCACGAGAUCAUUGAAUUAAUCGCAAACAGCGCUUUACUGUGGAUACUCCUACAAACGGCGCUGAGUGUGUCGGUCACCGUCCUGUAUGAGUUUUCCGUUCCUUGGAUCGUUUGGGGCUCUUUAAUUGUUAUGAUUAUGCUGAGAUUGGCCCGAGUGUCAACUCCGCCUAUCAACACCGUGCAGGAAGUGCUCGGUGUGAAUCCGCUUCUCCUAAACAAAGAUAACUCUGUGUCUGAAAACCAUAGUAACGGAGAGCAAUACUGCAUGCGAGUGGUGGCUCACCGUGGUGGAGGAUAUGAUUAUCCUGAGAACAGUUUGUUGGCUUUCCGAAAUAGCAGAGGAAAGGGUUGCACUGCCAUAGAAUUGGAUUUAAGGCUAACAAAGGAUAACAUUCCAAUAAUAUUCCAUGAUCCAACAAUUGAGAGACUUACAGGCCGCACAGGAACAAUUAGUGAGAUGACAUGGGAAGAACUGAGGGAGUUAGAUAUAACUUAUAAUCAUCCACUUAGGAACAAAUUUUCUGAUGGUGAAAAGAUUGCGCUGUUACACAAUGUACUAGAAGAAUGCCUAAACAGUGAACAGAGAAUAAUUAUAGAUAUAAAAGAGACAAGGACAGAUGUCGUGCAAAUUGUUUUGGAUACAUUCACAAAGUAUCCGAAAUUAUUUCAGAGAGGCAUUGUGUCAAGUUUCAAUCCGAUCAUAGUAUAUAUGAUUAGGAAAAAAGAGCCACGUAUUGUCUCGAGUCUUGCUUGGAGGCCGUAUUUUUUCUCGAGAUUAUCAUACGCUGGCCUGGAAGCACUCGGUCCGGCACGAUUCCAUAAUCCAUUUAAACAUUUGGCAGCUUGCAUCUUGGAAACUUUGUACGAGUGGCUGCUACCGCGUUUCGUUUAUUACAUCGUCGGCAUUUCUGCCAUACUAUUGCACAAGGACAUAGUAAAUCCACGUGUGAUAGAACGAUGGCGCGACCGUGGCAUUCGCGUGAUGGCAUGGACGGUGAAUAGACCGUCGGAAAAAAUACACUUUUCGAGGCUGCUGAAAAUCACCUAUCUAACUGAUACGCUACAUUUAGAGAAGGACAUGUAGUAAUGUCUGAUAUAUUUGUUCAGUAUUAAAUUUCAAAGACUUAUAUACUGGCAUUAUAAACGUACAAAUUUUUUAUUCUUGAUUAUAUAGAUUAUGUCACAAUCAAUUAUCUAGUCCGGUCGUAAAAUUGACAUAUAACGACUUAUUAUUAAUAUAGAACAUAAGGCACUUAUUUUAUAACUGGAGACAAGACGUCUACCAUUCUUAUGUACGAUCAGAUCAAAUGUAUGUACGAAAAGUUUUCAUUUUCGGAAAUAAACUAUAUUAUACUUUGAUAUAAA